UUCGAAUCACAACCAAUCACAUGGCAGCACCUCAAUGUGUUUAGGGAUGUAGACAUGGUCAAGACGAUCUGACAAAGUAACUUUACAAACUGCACCCCGUCUCAUCCAUCCACUAACACAGUGACGAUAGGCCCUGAACGCACCAUGGUGGAGGUGACGUCUCCAUGGCGCUGGCGGCAGAGUGUCAGACUGCAGGCUACAGUGGCGUCUUGAUCCCAUACAAGUGCGACCUGACCAGUGUGGAAGACAUCCAGUCCAUGUUCGCAGCCGUCAAAGCGAAGCACAAAGGCGUGGACGUCUGCAUUAACAACGCCGGCUUGGCUCACCCUGAGCCUCUGCUGAGCGGAAAAACCAGCAGCUGGAAGAACAUGCUGGAUGUGAGUGUUUUGGCUCUUAGCAUCUGCACUCGUGAAGCGUACCAGUCGAUGAAAGAAAGAAACAUUGAUGAUGGGCACAUCAUAAACUUAAACAGCAUCGGUGGGCACAUUGUAAUUAACAGCAGCGACGUCCAUUUCUGCACGGUCACCAAAUACGCCGUGUCCGCCCUGACUGAAGGCCUGAGGCUGGAGCUAAGAGAGGCCAAGACUCACAUCAGAGCAACAUCUAUUUCUCCUGGUAUGGUUGAGACUGAAUUUAUUUAUCGGCUCUACAGCAAUAACCCUGAGAAAGCUAAGGCAUCAUAUUCUCGCCUUAAGGCCUUGGAAGCAAUAGACGUUGCGAAUGCUGUUGUAUAUGCCCUAAGUGCCCCUCCUCAUGUUGAGGUCGGAGAACUUUUGUUGCGACCUGUGGAGCAGCAAAUAUGAUCUUAUCACCAUACGAUGGCUACAUUUUACAUACACUCAUUCUACAUAUGAUUUCUGUACUGCAUCUACGAAAUGAAUGACUGUAAUCGCUAUUCAAAAGAAUAAAAGUCUGAUUUUAAGGUGAAAUGUGUUGCUGUUGAGAUUUGUUAUAAUGCCUUGCAAGAGCAUUCAUAGCUCUGGCACCUUUCCACAUUUUCGCAUGUUACUUCCACAAACUUAAAUGUAUUUUAAUUGCUUGGUAUAAAUGAAUGCAUGAAGGAAUGAAUGAAUGAGUUUUUCAUUUCCAAUGGAAAGCAACAAGUGUUUACAAGGAAAUGAGAACAAGGAAAACUUAAAACAAGCAUAAUGCAUGGUUAUAGAUGUUUAGAGUUUUCACAUACAUCUGAAUAUUCAUAUGGACAGAUUGCAUUAGACCAAGACUGUUAAAAAGCCCUAAUUGGGACAUUGGAUGAUUCUCUUGAGAUUGUAAAAAUGCAAAGAAAUGAUAAACUGUUAACUUAGAUGCCUAUUAAUUAUGCUCAUUUGUAGUAAAUUAUCCUACUAGUUUAGAAUUGACUCAAUAAUAUUUAGAUCUGGUGACUGUGCAGGCCAUGGGAGAUGUUCAACUUCACUUUCAUGUUCAUC